AUGGCUCGUAGUAUCUCCUAUGUCACUGGCUCGCAGCUUGUCUCUCUCAAACGCCUUCCGACCAUCGCCGUCGUCGAUGUCAGAGACGACGAGAGGACUCACGACGGUCACAUAUCCGGUUCUCUUCAUUACGCUAGCGACGGUUUCGACCAAAACAUUUCCAAGCUUAUUCAUGAUGUUAAAGGCAAAGACACGCUCGUCUUUCACUGUGCUCUAAGUCAGGUUCGAGGCCCAAGUUGUGCAAGGAAGCUUGUCAAUUAUCUUGAAGAGAACAAGGAAGAUGUUGGUAUAAAGAACAUUAUGGUCUUGGAACGUGGCUUCAAUGGGUGGGAAGCUUCUGGUAGACCUGUUUGCCGCUGCAACAAUGUUCCUUGCAAGGAGCAUGAGAAUGCUUAA